GACGUUUGACGAGGUAUUGGGAAGGUGCGCCAAAUACAUGAAUGUCGAGGAAGCCGAAGCCGACUUUUUACAAGCAGCUAAAGCAAAAACUGAGUCUCGGGACGAGAAGAAGGAUAGAAAACCGGUCUCGACAGUUGAAAGGAAGGGAUCCCCGAAGUCAGAGAGAGAAGGCCGAUCGAGGGGAUGGAGGGCGACCCAAUAUACUCCUCUGUUAGCCUCGAAUGCAAGGAUAUUGGAAGUGAUGGAGAAAGAGAUCCGCGAAAAUAUUGUCAGGUGGCCACGAACAAGAAAGGAUGGGCCGACAAAACCUAAAAGCAAUCUGUAUUGUCGAUUUCAUAAAGACUACGGCCAUAACACCGAUGAAUGUCGGCACCUAAAAAAUGAGAUUGAGAGAUUAAUCAAAGCAGGCCAUCUGAAGGAAUUCAUUUAUAAGGAUCGAGAGCGAACCAGUCGAAGAAGGGAGAGAAGCAAAAGCCCUCACAAGAGAGCGAGGACACCCGACAAGGAGGAGCUCCCUCAGAAAAGAGGGGUAAUACAUAUGAUAUUCGGAGGGCCGACUGAUGGAGAUUCAAAUCGGACCAGAAAGGCAUAUGCUCGAGGGCACCACGGAAAAAUUGAAGUGCAGCAAGUCGAAGAAAACGGUCCAGUGAUGAAUUUUGGACCAGCAGACAUGGGAGAAGUCGAGAGGCCUCACAACGAUGCCCUAAUGAUGACAGCUCAGAUAUCGGGCUAUGAAGUGCAAAGGAUCUUUGUCGACACAGGAAGCUCAGUAAAUGUGAUCUUUUACAAUUGUCUUAAGCGGAUGGAACUCGACAUCGAGCUUGCACCCCUGCACACCUCGCUCUUCGGAUUCAAUGGCUCGGAGGUCGCACCCCUGGGAAAAACCACGCUCGCUGUCGUCCUCGGGGAAGGCGACUUAAGGAAGGUAAAAAUGUCGGCCUAUAAUGUGAUUUUGGGAAGACCCGCACUCAACACAUUCCAAGCAGUAGUGUCAACCUACCACAUGAAGCUAAAGUUCCCCGUGGGAGAUAAGGUAGGGGAGGCUCGAGGAGACCAGAGAUUGUCAAGAACCUGUUAUCAGAUAGCA